AUGUGUCCCACGUCUCCUCCUUGCUAUUAUUCACUGUUAUCUUUUGGAAGAAUCAUUUGGGACCAAUUAUUGAUAAAUUGCUGACGUGGCAUAUAGACGAAAUACAAGAUUCAGUAGAAGCUCAACGAGAUAAUAAAUACGUCACCAAAAGUUAUCACCCACAACGAAUCUUCUUCUUCUUCUUCCAUCGCCAUUGCCAUGGCUAAGCUCUCUAUCUCCUCCGUCUUCUUCGUCUUCUCUCUCUUCCUCUGUUUCUUAUCCUCUUCUUAUUCUUCGUCGGAUGGCCUAGAAUCCUACAUCGUCCAUGUGCAGAGUUCUCAUAAGCCUUCCCUCUUCUCCUCCCACAACCACUGGCACGUCUCUCUCCUUCGCUCUCUCCCUUCUUCUCCCCAACCAGCAACGCUCCUCUACUCUUACUCACGCGCCGUUCAUGGCUUCUCCGCUCGCCUCUCCCCUAUCCAAACCGCCGCACUCCGCCGUCAUCCUUCCGUCAUUUCCGUUAUACCAGAUCAAGCGCGUGAGAUCCACACCACUCACACACCUGACUUCCUCGGUUUCUCCCAAAACUCUGGUCUCUGGGGCAACUCAGAUUACGGCGAAGACGUGAUCGUCGGCGUUCUAGAUACUGGAAUCUGGCCGGAGCAUCCAAGUUUCUCGGAUUCAGGUCUCGGUCCCGUUCCAUCUACAUGGAAAGGCGAGUGCGAGAUCGGACCUGAUUUUCCCGCCUCAUCUUGCAAUCGGAAGCUAAUCGGAGCUCGAGCGUAUUACAAGGGAUAUUUAACGCAACGGAAUGGAACAAAAAAGCAUGCAGCGAAGGAAUCGAGAUCGCCGCGCGAUACAGAAGGUCAUGGGACGCAUACGGCAUCUACGGCGGCUGGAUCGGUGGUUGCAAACGCGAGUUUGUUCCAGUACGCGCCCGGAACGGCUCGUGGGAUGGCGUCUAAGGCGAGAAUCGCCGCUUACAAAAUCUGUUGGAGCAGCGGAUGCUACGAUUCCGAUAUCCUCGCCGCCAUGGAUCAAGCGGUUGCGGACGGUGUUCACGUUAUCUCUCUCUCCGUCGGAGCCAGCGGUUACGCCCCGGAGUAUCACACGGAUUCUAUCGCGAUCGGAGCAUUUGGAGCGACGCGGCACGGCAUCGUCGUUUCUUGCUCCGCUGGGAAUUCUGGUCCAGGUCCCGAAACCGCGACGAACAUCGCUCCAUGGAUCUUAACCGUUGGUGCAUCCACCGUCGAUAGAGAAUUCUCCGCAAACGCAAUCACUGGAGACGGGAAAGUCUUCACGGGAACAUCACUGUACGCAGGCGAAUCUCUACCGGAUUCUCAACUUUCUCUGGUAUAUUCCGGCGAUUGCGGAAGCAGAUUGUGUUACCCUGGGAAAUUGAAUUCAUCAUUAGUGGAAGGCAAAAUCGUGCUCUGUGACAGAGGAGGCAAUGCAAGAGUUGAGAAAGGAAGUGCCGUCAAGAUAGCCGGUGGUGCAGGUAUGAUUCUGGCGAACACAGCUGAAAGCGGUGAAGAACUCACCGCUGAUUCGCAUCUCGUCCCGGCGACAAUGGUUGGAGCUAAAGCUGGAGAUCAAAUCCGCGACUACAUCAAAACAUCAGACUCUCCCACCGCAAAAAUCAGUUUCCUAGGCACUUUGAUCGGACCAUCUCCUCCUUCUCCCAGAGUCGCCGCUUUCUCCAGCCGUGGACCAAAUCACUUGACACCGGUUAUCCUUAAACCGGACGUGAUUGCUCCCGGAGUCAACAUUUUAGCCGGUUGGACCGGGAUGGUUGGUCCCACCGAUUUAGAUAUCGAUCCAAGACGGGUCCAAUUCAACAUCAUCUCCGGUACAUCGAUGUCGUGCCCACACGUUAGUGGACUCGCCGCUCUCCUCCGUAAAGCUCAUCCCGAUUGGUCACCUGCAGCAAUCAAAUCCGCCCUCGUAACCACCGCCUACGACGUCGAAAACUCCGGCGAACCAAUCGAGGAUCUCGCCACCGGUAAAUCAUCAAACUCGUUCAUCCACGGAGCUGGACACGUCGAUCCAAACAAAGCUUUAAAUCCUGGUUUGGUUUACGACAUCGAGGUUAAAGAGUACGUAGCUUUCCUCUGCGCCGUGGGAUAUGAGUUUCCGGGGAUUCUAGUCUUCCUUCAAGAUCCAACUCUUUUCAAUGCCUGCGAAACGAGCAAGCUAAGAACCGCCGGAGAUCUCAAUUACCCAUCUUUCUCAGUGGUUUUCGGAUCGACCGGAGAGGUUGUGAAAUACAAAAGGGCUGUCAAAAACGUGGGAAGCAAUGUCGACGCUGUGUACGAAGUCGGAGUUAAAUCUCCGGCGAAUGUUGAGAUUGAUGUGUCUCCGAGCAAGCUCGCCUUUAGCAAGGAGAAGAGCGAGUUGGAGUAUGAAGUGACGUUUAAGAGCGUGGUGCUCGGCGGAGGAGUCGGAUCCGUGCCGGGUCAUGAAUUCGGGUCGAUCGAAUGGGCAGACGGCGAACACGUGGUUAAGAGUCCCGUUGCCGUCCAAUGGGGUCAGGGAUCAGUUCAGUCCUUCUGAAGUUCUGAUUGAUGAUACAACUUGGGCUCUGGUUUUAUGUUUUCUUUAAAACGAAAAAGUCAUGCCGGGUUUGUUUAAUGGGCCAUGUUGUUAAUGGGCCGAUCUGUAUACUCAUUUAAAGAGCCCUUACUCUUGGGUUAUACCACUAUGCAUGGGGUGAAUGAGCAGAAAUUUCGAUUGGCAUUUGUAAACUUUUAGAUUCUUGUUUGAUUUCAUGUAUCCACCUGGCAAUUAAAUGUUUUGUAAUAAGCAAAGGAUUCCGAAAGAAAGAAAAAAAAAAAGAAAUUUCGUUUUC